CCCUUGUUUUUCUGGGAAGCAGGCGGGGUUUGUCAGAACCACAUAAAGCCUCCCAGCUGGACAUCACCUGCACUAUACCUGCACAGGGACAGGUGAGUGUCCAGAGAGGCGUGGAAAGCACAGUGCAUUCCUGCUGUGGACUGCCGCCCAGGGGAGGCACUGAGGGGGACAUUGCUGCCUGCAGGAAAGUUGCUGAGUGUGGGGAACAGUGAUACUGACAGGAGCUGCAGGGCCAGGGCUUCCACCUGCCCUGACUGGCACAUCUCCUGUGAAGUUCAAGGUGGACAGGAGACAGGGAAGAAGAUGAGUCCUCCUCCAUCGGAAGUCAAUUGUGCUAAUCCUGCUGCUGUGGAAUCCAACCAUCUCUUCCCAAACGGAGAUGCUUCCACGGCAGAGAGAAAUGAGGCAUUGGGGUCCGAGUUCAACCUCUGCAGGCAGUACGAGGAGAAGGUGCGGCCCUGCAUCGACCUCAUCGACUCCCUGCGGGCCCUGGGCGUGGAGCGGGAUUUGGCCCUGCCUGCCAUCGCCGUCAUUGGGGACCAGAGCUCGGGCAAGAGCUCGGUGCUGGAGGCUCUGUCGGGAGUGGCUCUCCCCAGGGGCAGUGGUAUCGUCACCAGGUGCCCUCUUGUGCUGAGGAUGAAGAAGCUGGGACAGGAGGAUGAGUGGAGGGGCAAGGUCAGUUACCUGGACAUGGAGUUGGAGCUCUCAGAGGCUUCACAGGUGGAAGAGGAAAUCAAUAAAGCCCAGAACCUCAUCGCCGGGACAGGGCUGGGCAUCAGCGAUGAGCUCAUCAGCCUGGAGGUCAGCUCCCCCAGCGUCCCGGAUCUGACCCUCAUCGACCUUCCUGGCAUUACCAGGGUGGCCGUUGGCAAUCAGCCCACUGACAUCGGGCGCCAGAUCAAGCGACUUAUCAGGAAGUAUAUCCAAAAGCAGGAGACCAUCAACCUGGUGGUGGUCCCCAGCAACGUGGACAUCGCCACCACAGAGGCACUGAGCAUGGCGCAGGAAGUGGACCCUGACGGAGACAGGACCAUAGGAAUUCUGACGAAGCCCGACCUGGUGGACAAAGGCACCGAAGACACCGUGGUGGACGUGGUGAGGAACCUCGUGUGCCACCUGAAGAAGGGCUACAUGAUAGUCAAGUGCCGCGGCCAGCAGGACAUCCAGUCGCGGCUGAGCCUGGCCGAGGCCCUGCAGAAGGAGAAGGCCUUCUUUGAGGACCACCCCCAGUUCAGGGCUCUGCUGGACGAAGGAAAGGCCACGAUUCCCUGCCUGGCGGAGAGACUGACCACUGAGCUCAUUGCACACAUCUGUAAAUCCCUGCCACUACUGGAAAAUCAAAUAAAGGAAAAUAUCCAGAAAGUAACCGAGGAGUUGAAAAACUUUGGUGUGGAUGUCCCAGAGGAGGAGAGCUUGAAAACUUUCUUCCUGAUAGACAAAAUCAAUCAGUUCAAUCAGGACAUCAAUGCUAUAGUACAAGCCGAGGAAGUUGUAGGGCCCGAAGAAAUGCGGCUGUUUACCAGGAUGCGAAAGGAGUUCCACAAAUGGAGUAAUGAGAUCGAAGAGAACUUCCAAAAGGGGCAUGGAGUUCUGCGUAAAGAGAUCAGGAGGUUUGAAAACCAGUACCGUGGCCGGGAGCUGCCAGGCUUUGUGAAUUACAGGACGUUUGAGACGAUCAUAAAGGAGCAGCUCAGGUCCCUGGAGGAGCCGGCCGUGGACAUGCUGCACACGGUGACGGAUAUGGUGCGAGUCGCCUUCACAAAUGCUUCAGAAAAGAACUUUGCUGAAUUUUUUAACCUCCACAAAACUGCCAAGUCCAAGAUUGAGGACAUCAGGCUGGAGCAAGAGCAAGGAGCGGAGAGGUGCAUCCGGCUGCACUUCCAGAUGGAGCAGAUCGUGUACUGCCAGGACCAGGUCUACCGGGGCGCGUUGCAGGGCGUCAGGGAGAAGGAGGCAGAGGAGGAGAAGAGGAAAUCCCACGGCCAGAGCCAGCCUGUCUCUGCAGAGGAGUCGUCCAUGGCUGAGAUCUUUCAGCACCUCGAUGCCUAUCGCAAGGAGGCUCACAACCGCAUCUCCAGCCUCGUGCCCUUGAUCAUCCAGUUCUUCGUCCUGAAGACGUUCGGCCAGAAGCUGCAGACGGCCAUGCUCCUGCUCCUGCAGGACAAGGACGCCUGUGGCUGGCUGCUGAAGGAGCGCAGCGACACCAGCGACAAGAGGAAGUUCCUGAAGGAGCGGCUCUCGCGCCUGACCCAGGCUCGGCACCGGCUGGCCAAGUUCCCUGGCUAAGGCUGUGUGCACCAGGUCCACAGCACAGGGAGGCGGCCCUGGCCUCUCCUGGUGGCUCUGUGACCACUGUCCUCCAGCAGAGAGGGAGCAUGAGCCCGGCUGCCCAGGCAGGGGCUCUGCUGGCCCCUGGAUAAGGGUUGGGGCUCUGGGAGGCUGUGAUUCCCAGUGGUCAGAGGAGAGCCCCUGAGCUCGGCCAGAGGGCUCAGCGCCCUGCCAGUUUCCUUCCUGAUUUGCCAUGUCCUCUCAGGAGCCAUGUCUUGCUGUGGGGGGAGGGCUCGUGGUGGGUGUCCACCUGUCCCUAAUAAACCCUGCUGCCCGGCUCUUCUCCGA